AUGUCAGCACCAGGACAACACGACGUCCGAUUAUUCGAAGGGGCACACUACGUUUCUAUUGCCGAAAGCUCAAUCCGCCUCGAGACGAUUCAGCCGGCUGGGUUCCGUGGCUGGAGAGAUAUAAUUGCCCCCGGUGCAUUCCACAAUUCAGGCGAACGCUUUGACCCGCCCAGAUGCCACCCCCGCACCCGCAGAGCAAUCCUCGAGAAGAUCAUGUUGUGGGUGCGGGGAAAUAUCGACACCGAAGCCUUCAUCUUUUGGUUGAAUGGAUAUGUGGGUGUUGGGAAGUCAGCUAUUGCGCAGUCGAUUGCAGAGAUGUGCGAGGAACAGGGCCUGCUGCUCGCCAGCUUCUUCUUCAGCCGCUCUGAUCCCACACGAAACAACGCAAAGUUCCUUGCCACGACAUUAGCAUACCAGAUCGGAUUGACCGUCCCGCAUGCUCGCCGCCAUAUCGAACAUGCAUUCGAGCACGACCCUGUUCUCCACACCAGAUCAUUGGAAACGCAAGUGCUGAAGCUCAUUGUCGAACCCCUCCAACAGGCAUCCGUAGUCCAGAUCAACAUCGCACCGCUCAUUGUCGUUGACGGCCUCGACGAAUGCGCUGGCACAUCUAUGCAGUACAGAAUUCUCGAGACUAUCAAUAGAGCGGGUAGCUCCUUGAAGGCGUAUGGAUAUCGAUUCAUUUUCCUCGUCGGGAGCCGUCCCACUCAGGAGAUUUCCCUGAAGUUCGACUCAGCUCCCAUGCGAGACAUCACUACCUACCACGCCCUCGGUACAUAUGGGGAUUCGGACGACGACAUCCGCCAUUUCCUUGAGGACGGUUUUGAGGAGAUCAAGAAGACACACCCCCUCAAAGACUCCAUUUCAUCAUUGUGGCCAAGCUCGGAUGAUGUCAACAAGCUCGUGCACAGGGCAUCUGGGCAGUUCCUCUACGCUCACAUUGUAAUUGACUAUAGUCGCAAUAUCCGACGUCGUCCAAUCGAUCGUCUCAACGAAAUCUCCGCGUUGCACGCAGAGCAAGCCAAUAACCCAUUCGCAGACCUCGAUGACCUUUAUAUUCAACUUUUUUCAUCUCUAGAAGACGUAGAUUCCGUCUUGAAGGUCCUGAGCUUCAAGCUUGCCAGUACCUAUUUCGACACCAUGAUCAGUCAGAUUGUGCGUGAUGUGCUUGCUCUCAGUUUUGACGAUAUCAGAUUAAUUUUCGGCGACCUUUCAUCUGUCGUCGAAGUCGUACGGAAGCCAGAAAAUGGCCCCAAUAUCUGGGAAAUGAACUUCCGGCACGCCUCUGUGGGGGACUUCUUGACGAAUCAGCAUCGCUCAAAGCAAUACUUCGUGAAUGUGGAGCCGAGCAUUGCCCAAUGGGUGUCUUGGAUCUUACGGAACGAUUUGGUGAACCAUGUAUUCAUUUUGGAAGGCCUCAGUCGCUCUUUUGAGAAACUGGGAUCAUGCAAAUCUCAAGUGCUCCACGAUGCGUUGCGAGAUUGUCAACUUGGCCUCCUGCUCUCCAAACCUUCUCUGCAACAAACCUUCCCUCUCGGCAACACCGUUUAUGGCUUGGUUACUCAAAUACAGAUGAUGGCAUUUGAGGAUGCUCAAGGAUUGUAUGAAUCCCAACUACAAGUCUUUGAAUAUCAGGCCCGCUUUGUCCUGGAGCAAUUCUAUUCUCAAUCGGCCUACAUUCCGUUAUUACUGAGCAGUUUUACAACUGUGGCGUUCAGAAGUACUGACUCGGCACUGUCUUAUAUGCUUGGAAAGGGACGGAAAGAGGUAGAGCCUGACCCUUUCUAUCUCCGCCGGCGUAUUCCAAGGUUCCAGGAAUGGUUUUCUUUUCUUUCUGCCUUGGCCCACAAUCCAAGAAAAUCUGUGCAAAAUGCUGUGAAUGGCACAAAGUUUGCGGAUGCAGCAUUUACAUUAAUUCGCCAUUUGUGCCGCCCAGUUCCCCUGAAAAAUGUCUUCGACACCUUUGCCCAACUGACGAAACCUCUGAAGAAUCAUCCCUGGAAAUUCCGCAGGAUUCAGCACUCUCGUUUCAGGAUGGUAUCUGGCAAAUGGUUCAAAUGGUGUUUCUGUGACAGCUGUGGGAAGGCCCAUACGCCAGAAACAUGGUGCUGGCGAGGUCCUGAGUUCGCUACAACCCUCGCGUAUCGUGCGUCUCCCCGAUCCCCCUUGAUCAUCCUUCACUCUUCGUCCGAACUGCUCGCUUAUCACCUCGCCUUGACCUUCCUCCCUGAAAUGCUCGCCGAAGCACCCCGAUCUGCUGAGCUUAUCGAGUGCUGCAUGGAGUGUGUAUUUCAUCCAGCAUCCAUCCUCUUCCCUCGCAAGUCCAGGAUUGUACGAAUGGCGAUGUCGGAGUACCUCGAACGCAUGGAGGCCGAGGAACGAGAGUGGUGGCUUGACUGA